GUGGGAUCACUCUGAGCCUGUGCUGACGCCGCUCACUGCUCAUUGCUCGUUGCUCGUUGCUCGUUGCUUGUUGCUGUUUCUCCGUCUGUUUGAAGGAACUCCACCUGUCUGACUCCAGUCGUUGCUCGUUGCUGUUUCUCCGUCUGUUUGAAGGAACCCCCCGUCUGCCUCCAUGUCGUCGGACCCGGACGGCUGCUACCUGUGUAAGGAGUACCUGAGGGAUGCCGUGUCCAUCCCCUGUGGUCACACCUUCUGCUCCAUCUGUCUGAAGACCUACUGGGACCAUGCGGACCACACUGGGUCUUACCUGUGCCCCCAGUGCAGGGUCACCUACAGUAAGAGGCCCACCCCCAGGAAGGCCGGGUCCGGGUCCAGGUACUCCACCCUCCAGCGCAGCUCCGAGGCCUUCCCUCCGCCUCCCCCGUCCCCCGACUACAACUACGCCGGACCCCAGGACGUGGGCUGCGACAUCUGCGUGGGCAAGAAGCACAAAGCCGUCAAGACCUGCCUGAUGUGUUUGGCGUCCUACUGCGACAAGCACCUGAAGCCCCACUACGAGUCUGCCACCUUUAAAAGACACAAGCUGGUGGACGAGAUCGGACACCUGGACCGACAGAUCUGUCCUCAGCACCAGAAGGGACUGGAACUGUUCUGUCGCACCGACCAGAUGUGCAUCUGCGUCUUGUGUACCGUCAAAGAACACAAAGGCCACGACAUGGUGUCAGCUGAGCAGGAGAGAGCAGAGGAACAGCAACGGCUGGGCGCCACCCAGGCCGAGAUCCAGGAGAAGAUCCACGACCGACUGAAGCAGAUGGAGGAGCUGAAACAGGCGGUGGACGCUCUCAAGAACUCGGCUCAGAGAGCUCUGCAGGACUGUGAGAAGAUGUUCGCCGACAUGCUGCGCUCCAUCGAGAGGAUGCAACAGGAAAUGGCCAAGCUGAUCUCGUCCAAUAAGAGAGCGGCACUGAACAACGCAGAAGGUCACAUGGAGCGUCUGAGCCACGAGAUCGCAGACCUGAAGAGGAGGGACCAGGAGAUCACCCAACUGUCCAGGACCGAGGACCACAUCCACUUCAUCCAGAGUUACCACAUGCUGAUCGCUCAGACUGAGGCGGAGGAACUGCCCACCGUCAGCGUCAACCCCUACUUCUCCUUUGGCCCCGUCACCAAGGCCGUGUCCGAGAUGAAGCAACACCUGAACGACUUCAGCAACGAAGAGCUGGUGAAGGUGGCCAAGGCAGUGAACAAAAUGACCUUCUGUGAACUGGACGACACCAAGAAGAGGCGGUCGGUCAAAGCGGACGCCGCUCAUGACGCUCCCAUGUACAAGGCCAUUCCGGUGCAGGAACCUCAGUACAGAGACGACUUCCUGAAAUACGCCUGUCAGCUGACCCUGGACCAGAACACCGCCUACAAACAGCUGUACCUGUCCAGAGGAAACCGAAAGGCCACCCUGAAGAGAGACCCCCAGAACUACGGGGACAGCCCGGCCCGCUUUGACUCCCUGCCCCAGGUCCUGUGUAAGGAGGCCCUGUCUGGGGGGGCCUUCUACUGGGAGGUGGACUGGAGCGGGGAGGGGGCCGCCAUCGGGGUCACCUACAAGGGCAUCAAGAGGACGGGCUACGGGGACGGGGGGCGCAUCGGCUACAACCGCAAGUCCUGGAGCCUGUUCUGCUCCGACUCCGCCUACUCGGCCCGACACAACAAGGACCAGCUGGAGGUCAACGCCCCCUACUCGUCCCGGAUCGGGGUCUUCCUGGACCACGUGGGGGGGACCCUGUCCUUCUACACCGUGGGGGAGUCCAUGUCCCUGAUCCACCGCUUCAAGGCCUCCUUCAGCGAGCCGGUCUACCCGGGGUUCUGGGUCUGGUACGAGUCUGCCGUCACCCUCAUCCAACUGUGACGGAGCCAGGGGUAGAGCAAGGGGUGGAGCUAGGGGUGGAGCAGCUGUAGAGCAGGGGUGGAGCAAGGGGUGGAGCAGCUGU